CCCUACUUGCGCGUGGACAAUUUUUCUUAAUUUCUAGGAAAUGUCCUCCGCCCUUUCCUUCCCUAAUCGGUCUUCGGAACCCUAACUUCAUAAAUACAUAGAAAAACUCGAUCCUGUUUCCUCAAUUACUAAAUCAAAUUUCUUCACCAUUUUCUUCUAGAUCUCGACCUUUAGGCUUUAGUUAUUACCAAAAAAAAAAUUUUUUAAUGGGGAACACCGAGAAAUUGAUGAAUCAAAUCAUGGAGCUCAAAUUCACGGCGAAGAGCCUUCAGCGCCAGGCGAGAAAGUGCGAAAAAGACGAGAAAUCUGAGAAAUUGAAGGUUAAGAAAGCCAUCGAGAAAGGAAACAUGGACGGCGCGAGAAUCUACGCUGAGAACGCUAUCCGCAAGCGCAGCGAGCAGAUGAAUUACCUCCGUCUGGCCUCUCGGCUUGACGCCGUGGUCGCUCGCCUCGAUACCCAGGCCAAGAUGACCACGAUCAAUAAAUCUAUGGGGAAUAUUGUCAAAUCUCUCGAGUCGAGUCUUAAUACCGGGAAUCUCCAGAAGAUGUCGGAGACCAUGGACCAAUUCGAGAGGCAGUUUGUGAAUAUGGAAGUCCAGGCAGAGUUUAUGGAGAAUUCUAUGGCCGGAAGUACGUCGUUGUCGACGCCCGAAGGUGAAGUCAACAGCUUGAUGCAACAGGUGGCGGAUGAUUAUGGACUUGAGGUCUCCGUUGGGCUGCCGCAGCCAGCUGCGCACGCCAUACCGACGAAGACUACCGAGAAGGUCGAUGAGGACGAUCUCUCCAGGCGUCUCGCCGAGCUCAAGGCUCGUGGGUGAAAGAAAACUACUACUGGAUGGUUAAGAAAUUAAUAAGAAUUUGUUGGGGAAAUUUGUUAAUUAGGCUAUGCCAUGUCAGUGAUAAUGUUAUGUGUGGAGCAUUUGUGAAAUUGCUGCCAUAUUUCCCGUGUGUAGAUUUAACUAGCACUGCAACUGUUAUUUCAGUAUGGUGGUUGACUUUUCAUGAGUAGUGGUUUGUAAAUUUGGUACCUUUGCGCAUCGUCCGCUAUAUACUUCUGUUUACUGCUGAUGAUAAUCUCUUUGGAGGAACUGCAACUUUAUAUGACAGGGCUCUUUUGUAGCUUUGACGAA